CUCAUCAUGGCGGACCCUAGAGAUAAGGCGCUUCAGGACUACUGCAAGAAGCUGCUGGAGCACAAGGAGAUUGACGGCCGUCUAAAGGAGUUAAGGGAACAAUUGAAAGAACUUACCAAGCAGUAUGAAAAGUCUGAACAUGAUCUGAAGGCCCUACAAAGUGUUGGGCAGAUUGUGGGUGAAGUACUUAAGCAAUUAACUGAAGAAAAAUUCAUUGUUAAAGCUACAAACGGACCAAGAUAUGUUGUGGGUUGUCGUCGACAGCUUGACAAAAGUAAGCUGAAACCAGGAACAAGAGUUGCUUUGGAUAUGACUACAAUAACUAUCAUGAGAUAUUUGCCAAGAGAGGUGGAUCCACUGGUUUACAACAUGUCUCAUGAAGACCCUGGGAAUGUUUCUUAUUCUGAGAUUGGAGGGCUGUCAGAACAGAUUCGGGAAUUAAGAGAGGUGAUAGAAUUACCUCUUACAAACCCAAAAUUAUUCCAGCGUGUAGGAAUAAUACCUCCAAAAGGCUGUUUACUAUAUGGACCACCAGGUACAGGAAAAACACUCUUGGCACGAGCUGUUGCUAGCCAGCUGGACUGCAAUUUCUUAAAGGUUGUAUCUAGUUCUAUUGUAGACAAGUAUAUUGGUGAAAGUGCUCGUUUGAUCAGAGAAAUGUUUAAUUAUGCCAGAGACCAUCAACCAUGCAUUAUUUUUAUGGAUGAAAUAGAUGCUAUUGGUGGUCGUCGGUUUUCUGAGGGUACUUCAGCUGAUAGAGAGAUUCAGAGAACUUUAAUGGAGUUACUGAAUCAAAUGGAUGGAUUUGAUACUCUACAUAGAGUUAAAAUGAUCAUGGCUACAAACCGACCAGAUACACUGGAUCCUGCUUUGCUUCGUCCAGGAAGAUUAGAUAGAAAAAUACAUAUUGAUUUACCAAACGAACAAGCAAGAUUAGAUAUAUUGAAAAUCCAUGCAGGUCCCAUUACAAAGCAUGGUGAAAUAGAUUAUGAAGCAAUUGUGAAGCUUUCAGAUGGCUUUAACAGAGCAGACCUGAGAAAUGUUUGUACUGAAGCAGGUAUGUUUGCAAUUCGUGCUGAUCAUGAUUUUGUAGUACAGGAAGACUUCAUGAAAGCAGUCAGAAAAGUGGCUGAUUCUAAGAAACUAGAGUCUAAAUUGGAUUACAAACCUGUGUAAUUUACUGUAAGGAUUUUGAUAGAUGCAUGACAGACAUUGGCUUAAUAUAAAAAUAAAGUUAAGGAAAAUAAUGUAUGUAUUGGCAAUGAUCUCAUUAAAAGCGUCUGAAUAAAUGUGUAUGAAUAACAUCAAAGAAUUAGUAAUUCAGUAAUUCUACUUUUAAGAUUGGUACAGAAGAAAUUUGUAUAUUUGUUAAUGUUGCAUUUAUGGCAGCAGAAGUUAUAAAAGAAGAGUAUGUUGUAGCUUUUCGUAUUUGCUGUGUGAGCAUUUUGUAAAACAUUGAAAUGGUUUAAGAUAGUAGUUUAAAAGAGCAUUUCUUAUGACUUAUUUUAUAUCAUUUGUUUUCCUCAUCCUAAAAGUUGAAUAAAAUCUGUUUGAUUCA